AUGCUGUCACAGGGAACCUCGAUUGUUGCGGCAGCGGCGCUGCUGUCGUUCGCCGGCCUUGCUCGCGGUGCCGGAUCCACGGCCAUUAGUUCGGUUCUGGUCUGCACCGACAACAUCUAUGCCGACGGCUUCAUCUACCGCAACACGACGGGCGACGGCACCACAUCCACGAGCCUUGACUCGUUCGCCGCCAAGGACUCGUUCCCCCUGUACUUGUCGGUGACCAGCCACUCGGGCGCGCCACUGGACCCCAUCCAGCCGGCACGCAAGAACGGCUUCCACGACUACACGUCGCUCGACCAGAACCUGUACAUCAACGUGACGGCGGGUGCGUUUGCCCCUGUUGGGUUUGUCGACGGCGGUAACGCGUCGCUGGGCACCGGGGAGACGACGUGGGGCUUUUAUGCGGCGUACGGGUUUGUCAUGUGGUACAACUUGCCGUCGUCCUCGUCGGCGGUCGUACCAUCGUCGACGCCCGUCCACAUCCAGGGCUUCCAGUGGGUGCCGGUCAAAGGCUACACAAACGUGACGCAGCUGUAUUGGAACCAGACGCAGUACGAUGAGGCGGCCGCGGAGGGAGCACGGUCGACCAUCUCGGCAGCCGGCGCAUCGUUUGGUCUGUGCUCGAGCGACGUCGAGGCCAGCGUCAAGGCGGAGUAG